GACACAACUCCAUUUCAUGAGACGGCUUCCAGACAAGGUGAAGCCAAUACAGAUCAAGCAGAUGAACAACUUAACAAUGAGGCAAGUAUAAUUUUGAAAACUGUUGGUAUUUAUAAAAUUAUGAAUUUGGUUGUACUUCAAUUAAUUUUUGGAAGUUCUUGUACGUGUUCAUAAUCCCAUUCCUGACUUCAGGAUACACGAGAGCCUAUGAAUGAGAUCACGAAAGAGACACCUGGUUCUCCAAUAGCUCAACAGAAUAUUGAGACUCCAGUCCUUACUCCAAUUCAGACGCAGCAGGAGACUCACGAGCUUAUGAAUGAGAUCAUUUCACCAAACAUUUCCGACACACAGCCAAAUACCCGAGCUCGCAGAAAUCUUUUAACAGAGCAAAAUAAGGAUGUAGAAAGCAGAGUUCAAAAUCCCUUUGAGAUCGGAGCAAAUGUGGAGAUUUCAUCACAAGAUGACAAUACUUGUCAUAAAUGGUAUCCAGGAAAUGUGUUGGCAACAUAUUUGGUUGAUGGGGUUGAGAUGGUGAAAGUUGAAAUACGUCCUCAACCACCACCUGAGAGAUCUGGAGCGAAGAAAAGUUAUGAGCUAAUGCAGGACGUGGAGGCGUUCGACAAUGGUGCCUGGUGCGCUGGAAAAGUUAAAGUCAUUUUGUUUGAUGGCUCGUGUUUUGUCUCUUUGAACAAUUCUACUGAACAAAUUUACUUCAACCAUUCUGAGAUGCGAAAACCAAGAAAAUGGAUGGAAGAAGAGCAGACGCAGAGUGUGAAUCCAAGUGAAGGAGAUGGUGAUAAAAAGGGGAAGGCGAAGGCUGUCGCUUGUAAGAAAAAUGAAGCAGCUGGUCCAUCAGAAGAUGUUGUUGGGAAAAUGGAAAAAGAGAUGGAAGUAAAGCAGGGUAAGAGUGUGAAACCAAGUCAAGACGAUCAUGCAAAAAAACCUGAUGUUGGUAAGAAGAAGAAAGCAAAUGCUCAGCCAGUAGAUUUGCUUCCUUUUCUACAGCGAGAAGAGAAGAGGCCAAUACGACCUAGAAACCCUCCUAUACCUGUAACACCUGAGGUAAUCCUUCCAAUUGAUCCAUUUGUGACACCUGAAUUUCCUCGGUUUUCAAGGCUUGCACACUGGAUGGAUCUACGGGGCAUAUAUCGUGUACCGUUUUAUAUCAAUGGAAAAGAAAUUGAAAAAGAGUUCUUUCAAAAAAUGGACGAUGCAGAAAACAAUCUCAACAAAGAGCACAUAAAUGUUGCAUUUGAAAUGCUAAAUUGUAAGAGGGUUGAGCAAGGUGCUUGGUUCCGCAACAACAAUCUUCCAGCAGCAUGCUUUGUACCAGUCAAAUUCUUAGAAGUGGUUGGGUACGCUUAUGAAUCUGUCAGGAAGCCACAUAAGAAAAAACAAACGUUAUUGGAGGGCUGUGUAGGCGAACUUGUGAAAGGUUUAAUACAUCCAAAGAAGGUAUGGCUGGAAGAUGUUGAUGUUAUAUAUCGUGUCAUUGAAGAUAAGUUGAGCUAUCACUAUAUUGGGGUGGAGAUACAAUUGAUGGAUAACACAAUCACACUCUUCCAUUGUGGUCUUCCAAAAGCAAAUAUCAAACGUGCUCUUAAUCAAAUCCAAGAACUGGCAGUGUUGAUUAGUGCCAUAAAGAUGGAACUUCUUGGUGAAGAGGUUAAUUUCGAAGAUAUCAGUCCAUUUGAAGUUAAAUUUGCAGAAGCGCUUCCAAAGACAAAAUUUCCAUACAACUGUGGUAUUUUUGUUGUGAAGAUGCUGGAAUGCAGGUCACUGGGAUUGAAGAGCAUGGCUAAUAUAAAUGAUGAAACUGCGAUGGACUUACGAAGCAAGCUAUGUUGUGAGAUCUUCGACCAGUUUAUGGAUAAAGAUUUCCAGGAAGGUCAAAGGAAGUGA